UGGAGAAGGUUCCGCAAGCACAUAAUUUGGUCAAGAAGUUCUCUAUAAUGUGUAACAUCCUACCUUACUUUGGUUACCUAGACCAGAACUACAAGUUGAUGUCUCAGCUCUGUAUUGGAAGCUACACCUGCUGGAAGUAUAACCAUAAAGGCUUCUGUCUUAAAGCUUGUACUUGCAAGAGAAGGGAGCUGAAAUUUUGCUUUAUAUAUGGAGGAUCUGGAAGAGUUCACUCUGCCAAAGAGGUGAUACAGUUAGUGAAGAAGUACCCUAUCCUGUAUAAAAUAUUUGAUCUACCCGUGCUAAUGGUUACAUCUCAGAAAGAAGCUAAUUGCUUCCUCAAGUUUUUGAAAGAAGCUGAUCUUGAAUAUUUGAGAUUUACCUCAAUCCUUUUUCAACAUAUAAAGCAUGAAGCUAAAUUUUGGAAAAGUAUGAGAUCAAUUCUAGAGGUUUCUGAGCAAAAUUCCGAACAAUUUGGAACUAGUUUAGAGCUUAAUGAUUCUGUAGAUUUAUUGGAUAAGAGAGACUUUAGAAAUAAGUCACUCUUCAAUAACAGUGAUCUUGACCAAAUUGAUCCUAAACUAAAGUCUCAUGUUACCUCAUUAAUCAUUAAUAAGUUUGAGAAAGAUCUGUAUGAUACUAAUGUUAUUCUUAGAGGAGUAAAGUUAUUAGUCGAUUGGUUUGACAACAUAAAGAACUUAAAGCUCAAUUUUACUUAUACCGACCCUUGUCGUGAUAAUUAUAUCUUGCUAAACUUCCAUGAUCGUGUAACUGAGAGCAUUGAAGUUAAUAUUACAAAGAAAUUAGCCACAAGGGAAGUUAUUGAGGCUAAGGACUGUUACUUCAGAAGCUGUUUCUACAACCACACAACAGGGUAUAAUGAUCGAAGGUUCUUUGUCGCACGAAAAGUUUUGAUUAAAUCUCCUAUAAAUAUUUUAAACAAAAAUAGGAAAGAAAAUUGGCAGCCAUUAAUAGAGUGUUCUGUGCUAAGACUUGAAGGGAUUCGGGAGACUGAUGCCUUAGAAGAUCAUAUCUGUGCUCAGAGAUACUGCGGAUUUUAUUCUAAUGAUUAUUUGGGUCUAAGUAAGACGGAUAUCACGAAAAUAUCGAGUAGCUCCAUUUUGACAAAGGAUGUCUUGCGUCAGUUUCCGAAAGCUAACUUCACUUUAAUUCUAUCUAAUAGUAAUAAGAGAUCAAAAAGAGUAGAUAGAUGCUGUACAAUGGAUAAUGUGAUAAUAGAUGAUUAUAAAAACACCACCAACUUAGGUCUAGUAUCUCUGUCAGCUGAAUCUUCAUUUUUUAAGCCAGUGCUGACUAAGUUUAUGAAAAAAAAUCUCAUAUCUCUAGAGCUUGCUUUAUCUAAUAAGGAAACUGCGCAGGAGCUGAUUAUUUUCCAGACUCUUUGUCAGAUGAUUAAGAAGAAUAACUCACUUCAGGAGAUAAAGAUUUCCGUACAUGAUGAUACAAGUGUCGUCUCCAUUCUUGAUUCUUGUGAGUCCAAACCUAGUCUUGGCUCGAUCAGGAUCGCUUGUAGCCAAAACAUAUCUAAACAAGUUAAAGCAUAUGUGAAAGCAUAUAAGAGGAAUAAUAGUUUCAAAUCUGUCCAGAUAUUUGUACCCCCUGCUGAGAAGAAGGGCUAUUGAGCUAUAUUCUAG